CCCAGGGGUAUCACAGGUGUGUCACAGGUAUGUCACAUGUCCCCCCGUCCCAGUUCCUGGACGCAGACAAUGUCCUGGUGAACCCCGACACGCUGGCCGUGCUGGUGGCCGAGAACAGAACCGUGGUGGCCCCGAUGCUCGACUCGCGCGCGGCCUACUCCAACUUCUGGUGCGGCAUCACCCCCCAGGGCUAUUACCGCCGCACCCCCGCCUACCUGCCGAUCCGGCGCCGGGAGCGCCGGGGCUGCUUCGCGGUGCCGAUGGUGCACUCCACCUUCCUGCUGGACCUGCGGCGCGAGCGCUCGCAGAGCCUGGCCUUCCACCCGCCCCCGCCUGGCUACAGCGGCGCCUUCGACGACAUCAUCGUCUUUGCCGCCGCCUGCCGGCACGCCGGGGUGCAGAUGUUCGUGUCCAACCGGGAGCAGUUCGGGUUCCUGCCGGUGCCGCUGCGCUCCCAGAGCUCCCUGCGGGACGAGGCCGAGAACUUCCUGCACGUCCAGCUGGAGAUCAUGGUGAAGCUCCCCCCGGCCGAGCCCUCCCCCCACGUGUGGGUCCCUCCCAAGGUCCUGGACAAGCUGGGAUUCGAUGAGGUGGGAGCCCCUCCCUCGGAAUUCCGGCCGGGAUCUCCUUCCCCUCUGGGUUUGGGAUCUUUUCCCACCUUUCCCUUGGCAUUUUGGGUCAUUUUCCUCCUUUUCCUUGGGAUUUUGGGUCAUUUUCCUCCUUUUCCUUGGCAUUUUGGGUUGGGAAUUUGGGGUGGGAAUUUGGGAAUGUGGGGGGUCCGGAAGGAUCCAGGGGGUCCAGGGGAUUCGGGAUUUUGGGGGAAUUUGGGGAAUUCCAAAGGAGCCGCUGCUUCCUCAGCCACUUCCGGGUCUGGCAGGAGGGAAUUCCAAAGGAGCUGCUGCUUCCUCAGCCACUUCCGGGUCUGGCAGGAGAUCUCGGCGCGGGGCCUGCGGCGCUCGCUGGUGUUCGAGGACGAUCUGCGCUUCGAGGUUUUCUUCCGCAGCCGCCUGACGGAGCUGAUGGAGCAGCUGGACGCGGCGGCCAUCGACUGGGACCUCAUGUGAGCCUUCCUCAUCCCCAUCCUCAUCAUCAUCCUCAUCAUCAUCACCCCAAAACUCAUCCCAAAACUCAUCCCUGUCCAAACCCCCUGGGGCCUCAUGUGAGCCUUCCUCAUCCCCAUCCUCAUCCUCAUCCUCAUCCCAAAACUCAUCCCUGUCCAAACCCCCUGGGGCCUCAUGUGAGCCUUCCUCAUCCUCAUCAUCAUCAUCAUCAUCCUCGUCCCAAAACUCAUCCCAGUCCAAAUCCCCUGGGGCCUCAUGUGAGCCUUCCUCAUCCUCAUCAUCCUCAUCCCAAAACUCAUCCUUAUCUCAAAGCUCAUCCCAGUCCCCUGGACCUUGUGUGAGCCUUCAUCGUCAUCCUCAUCAUCCUCAUCCCAGUGCUCCCCAUUUCCCGAGGCCCUAGUGGAUCCCAUUGGGCCCAGUGAUCCCAAUGACUCCAUUGACCCCCAUGACCCCACUGACCCCAUUGAUCCCAUUGAUCCCAAUUAUCCCAUCGAUCUCAUUGAUCCCAUUGACCACAGAGAUCUCAUUCAUCCCAAUGACCCCAGUGACUGCAUUGAUCCCAUUGAGCUCAUUCAUCAAUGACACCAUUAAUCCCAUUGACUCCAUUGAUGACAGUGACCCGAUUAAUCUCAUUCAUGCCAUUUGACCCCAUUGAUUCCAAUGACCCCAAUGACCCCAUUGACUUCAUUCAUCCCAUUGAUCCCGCUGAUCUCAUUCAUCACAAUGACACCAUUGAUCCCAUUGAUCCCAAUGACCCGAUUAAUCUCAUUCAUCCCAUUGACACCAUUGAUUCCAAUCAUCCUAUUGAUCCCAUUGAUCCCAAUGACCGCAUUGACCCCA